UGUGAUAUACUGGCGUGCGAAUUUUAUGUUGAUGAAGUGAAAAUCUGUUUCGUUCUUUCUGUCUCGUUUCCAACAUGAUUAAAUUGUGAUAAUUUCAUCACCGUAGCCACGGGCUAGUAUUUAUUUUCAAGAAAUCAAUAUGAACAUCUUUCCAAGGACAAUAACUGGUGCUUUACAUAGCCAAAAUAAGAAUGCGUGUGACUGGGGUUGGCAGUCAUUGGUUGCGUAUGGCUGUCACACGUCUGUGGUAGUGAUUGACACUAAAGCUGUACAGGUCAUCCAGACACUUGAGAAGCACAAGAGUAACGUUGUGAAGGUGAAAUGGGCGCGGGAGAACUACCACCACACCAUCGACGCUCCGUACACGCUGAGGCUUGCCUCGGCCGAUGCAGGAGGUCAGAUCAUUGUCUGGGAUGUCAAGGAUGCCUCGGAGAGGGCCAGCUUCAGCGAAGGAAGCAAACCGGUCUUAGAUUUGGAGUGGUUAUCAACCCAGGAUGCUUCACAUGAUCUCCUGGUCGCCCUGCAUCCUCCCUACUCCAUCGUGCUGUGGAACGCUGACACCGGCAUCAAGUUGUGGAAGAAGACGUUUACUGAUAACAUCAUCUCCAUGACCUUUGACCCAUUUGACUCUUCAAACCUUGCCUUGUUGGGCAAUGAUUGCAUCCUAUUCCUCAAUGACUUCAGCAUCAAUAAAUCACCGUCUAGCAACGGCCGUAAGUUCUACAUCACCACGCCGGGUACCAGUGGUCCCAGUCCCUCAACGAGCAGCACUAACCUAUCAGGCGGGGCAGACAAGAAGAUUGGUCACCGGUUUAGGAGGGUUCGUCUCUUGGUUGGAGACAACAAACCCAGAAGCUCUCAGUUAGGCGUGGAGGACACAGACAGCAUCACUCUCAACGAAUGUCUCCAGAUGACCUAUCUCCAGUCACGGAGGCAACAUCUCCUCCUUGUCUACCCUCGAGAGAUUCUCAUCCUAGACCUAGACAUCUAUCAGACGGUGGGGAUGAUCCCCAUGGAACGUAGCGGCAGCCCCUUCCAACAGGUCUACCCCUGCAAGCAACGUGAUGUUCUACUUUGUCUUCAUGAGAACGGGAGCAUAAGUGUCAGAGUGCGUCGCCGUCCGCGGUCUACUAGCCCCAGCGCGGCAACGCCUGUCGAUCAAAUCGGUAACUUUGUGGGACUAACAGGUGGUGACUCCCUCCUCUCUCACGACCCUCACGACGUCAUCUACGACCUCCGCUGUCAGUCAGACCCUCUACGGGUCACCAAACACAUGCGAGCGUUCGGCCUGGCGUGCUGCAUGUCCACCGAGCGUCAGAUGGGUCUCCUCAUGAGCGAUGGUCGACUCUUGGUCUGGUCCCUCAUGACGGUCAAUCAUGUCCCGACUAGCACCACCAAUGUCCACACCCAGAUGGUCCUGUCGCCGCUUUACUCCCCCGGGGUCGUGCCUGGGGUCACCAACAGCGACUUUGAGUUUCUCCCGCCGCUGUCCAAUACAGGCCGACAGGUCUUGCCACACCCAAAGAUGUCAUUGGGUGAUUUGAUCUGCCAGACAGACAUUACUGGAGACUCUAAUGGAUCCCAACCGCAGCAGGGUCGCGGUGUCAUACUCAAGUUUGUCUUGACUGGCCUGAGUUGUGGUGUAGCAUCGGUGCCGACCGUCAUUCGUAUGUGCCCGCCGGUGACGACGAGGAACAUACAUAAAUACAAGCCACUUGUUGCGCUAGGAUCUUCCACUGGUCUUGUCCAGGUGUAUAAUCUGACGACAGGGUCUCUUUGGAGGGAAUAUAACAUCCACACUUCCUGUAUAAGAGGUAUUGAGUGGGUUGGCCUGAGCAGUUUCCUGUCCUACAGCUAUCACAACCCGCCAAGCAAUGGUCUGGUCCGCAAUGAGCUAUUGCUUCUUGAUCUUCUGACGGGCCGUACCACUCCAUUGCGGGGGCACAAGGGGGAUGAGGCCCCAAUUGAGUGUAUCAAAGUGUCACACUUAAAGCAAUACUUCAUCGUGAUGUUAAAGGAGAAGCCCUUUGAGAUUUGGGAUUUGAAGAACCGUACAAUCCUGAGAGAGAUGCCGGCCAGUUUCCCUGUCGUCACGGCACUGGAAUGGUCUCCAACCCAUCACAAGAAGCGAUCUGCCGUCUCGAUCCAGGAGACUGUUGGUAGCUCCUCCUUGCUGGAUGCAACAGGAAGCACCCAUCACAUCUUAGAUGGCAGUGGUGACAGCAAGUUGUCGCAGACCUCGGCCACCAGAGAACACUUCUUCUUUGCCGAGAGCAACCGCAUGCUGCAUCACUUCUGGGUAGAAGGCAGCGUGGUCAAGGAAGGAUCACGUCUACCAUCAGAUAGCGGUCUGGGGUCUAUCACCUGCAUGACCUGGAAGGGAGAGACGUUGGUUAUGGGAGACGCUGACGGGAUGCUAGGGGUGUGGGAUCUCAAGGCUAGGGUGUCGAGAAACUAUCCAACGCAUCGGUCCUCCAUUAAGAAAGUCAAGUUUGCUCCAGGCAAGGGGAAUCUCAAGAUCUUGUGUCUGUGGAGCGAAGGCCUGGACAUAUGGGAUAUCAAGGAGGUUAGAGGCACCAGUUCCAUGAAGGUGACCAAGGAACAGACUAAGCUGAUUGAUGCUGACUGGGCGGCCUCUGAUAAGCCAAUCAUUGUCAGUUCCGAUGGAUGCAUACGAGUCUACGACAUCAAGCUCAAGACGACAUGCUCUCCCAUGGACUAUGCAGAAUUUGCUGAUCCAGUGUUCUGCCCCUACUUACUGUCCCCCAAGGCAGCCCUAGCUAUGAAGUACACCAUGCAGCAUCAGCCGUGGAAUGAUGAGUACACGCUACAACUCAGCAAGGAAUAUUUCCAUGACCUUGCUUGGCUGGCAAAUCCAUCCGCCUCGUCCCCUGCUGUCUCAGCUGACGAUGAUAGCGUGGUCGAUAGCUCAUUUGAUUGCGAGGCAGAAGACGAACCUGAACGUUGUGAAACUCCCGAGGAUGAAAAUUUCAUCAGGGCCGUCAAUGACCAGUUUGACAUCAUGCCCCAGAAGAUCAAGAAUUACCUCCCUAUUUGCCCCUAUGGUACGGCCCAGCGCUGCCUGCUUGCUGCACAGCUCUUUGGGGAUGAGGCAGAGACCACUUUCUGGACGGUGGCGUUGCAGUAUCUCAAGGCCGAGAAGGCGAGGGUGAAUUGCCCGGUCCACGUGUCCACACCAGACAAUCCAGGCGCGGGGUACCACUCAGACCCCUUCCAAGGUGAAGUACCCGGUGCCCUGCCUUCUAGUAACAACAGGUCGCUAUUGAUGGACACCAGGGAAGAGGAAGUGGUAACCAGUUGUUCCUGCAUCAAGGAUCCAUUGCUGGAUACCUGCUAUGAUAUCCUGUGUGACAGCAAGUCAUAUCAGAAAUAUCAACUUGAGCGUUUGAGCCUCCAUGACAGUAAGCGAUCGACCCAUGAACAGACCAUGAAGUGUGCAGAAAACCUUAUACUGAUGGGACAGUUUGACCGAGCAGUGCAGCUGUAUCUGGAGACAGAAGCUGAGAAUGAGAGUUACUAUCUGGACUCCAUCUUGGCAUGUCUGGUUGCCACGGUGAAGUUAACUGGGGCAUCACAAAGCACCAUUAAACUGGUCGCUACAAGUCUCAUUGCUAACAACAAACUCUCAGAGGGGGUUCAGCUUCUGUGUCUGAUCAACAAGGGAAUUGAUGCGUGUCGUUAUCUGAUCACCUAUCGAGAGUGGAACCAGGCUGUCUGGCUGGCUAAGGCUACCCUACCCUUUUCAGAGUACUGCACCGUAUUACGUCGCUACGUUGACUAUCUCUGCUCACCGACCGUCAACCAGAAAACCAAAGCCAUCCUAGUCCUGCUGUCUAUGGGUCAAUUCCAACAGGUCCUUGAGGUCCUAAUGAGCAUGCAUUACUAUGACCGUGCCGGCAUGUUUGCUGAGGCCUGUAUGGAGUUUGACGUCUUGCCAGAUACAGAAGAGAUAAGAUCCCUUCUUGAGAAGGUGUAUUUGGAGUAUGCUCGCUACCUCCUGGCGCUAGGCAACCGCAGAGCGUACGGUUACUACUGCAACAAGGCAGCUGAGAAGGGACACAAAGUCAGUCAGGAACUGGAAUGGAUGGAGGAUUAAGGGGUAAACGCAAAGCAUUGUCUUAUGAUUACAUUCCUA